UCCGAUCGCAGUGAGACAGUGUCACUUCACCAGCCAUCCCGUCCUCACCUUUUUCAUUUUCAUUUUUUGCGGGAAGAUCUUGCCCUCCCUCACCUAACAUGUAGUGAAGCGCCAACCACAAGCUUCUUCAGUAAAACUCCGAAAAGAUCUUUGCGAUCCCCCCUGGAUCGAGGAAUCGGUGAAUGGGUCCGGGUGAUCAUGCCGGCGUCCGUUCCGCCGACGGCCGGCUGGAGGCCCUGCUCUCCGGCGGCGGCGGGGCACGGCGCAUGGCGUCGGCCGCGGCGCUGGAGCUGCGGCUGCUAGCUCCGCUGGCCGCGCCGGCCGUGGUGGUGUACAUGCUGAUCAUCGUGAUGUCGUCGGCCACCCAGAUCUUCUGCGGCCAGCUCGGCAACGUGCAGCUCGCCGCCGCCUCCCUCGGCAACAACGGCAUCCAGGUGUUCGCCUACGGCCUCAUGCUCGGGAUGGGGAGCGCGGUGGAGACGCUGUGCGGGCAGGCGUACGGUGCCGAGAAGUACGAGAUGCUGGGCGUGUACCUGCAGCGGUCGACGGUGCUCCUCAUGGCGACCGGCGUGCCGCUGGCCGCCAUGUACGCCUUCUCGGAGCCCAUCCUCCUCCUGCUCGGGCAGUCGCCGGAGAUCGCCGGCGCCGCGGCGGAGUUCGCCUACGGCCUCAUCCCGCAGAUCUUCGCGUACGCGGCCAACUUCCCCAUCCAGAAGUUCCUGCAGGCGCAGAGCAUCGUGGCGCCCAGCGCCUACAUCCUGACGGCCAGCAUGGCGCUGCACGUGGCGAUGAGCUGGGUGGCGGUGUAUAGGCUGGGCCUAGGCCUGCUGGGCGCGUCGCUCACGCUGAGCCUGACGUGGUGGGUCCUGGUGGCAGGGCAGUUCGCGUACAUCGUGCUGAGCCCGAGGUGCAGGGAGACGUGGACCGGGUUCACGUGGGCCGCGUUCGCCGACCUGGCGGGGUUCGCCAGGCUGUCGGCCGCGUCGGCGGUGAUGCUGGCGCUGGAGGUGUGGUACUUCCAGGUGCUCAUCCUCCUCGCCGGCAUGCUGCCCGACCCACAGAUCGCACUUGAUUCGCUCACCGUCUGCACCUCGAUUCAGUCAUGGGUGUUCAUGAUCUCCGUGGGCUUCAACGCCGCUGCCAGCGUGAGGGUGGGGAAUGAACUUGGCGCCGGGAAUCCCAGGUCUGCCGCGUUCUCCGCAUGGGUAGUCACCGCCAUGUCCGCGCUCAUAGCAGUCAUAGCCGGCGUUGUGGUCUUCCUCCUCAGGCACAAGCUCAGCUACAUCUUCACCGGAGGCGAGGCCGUCUCGCGCGCGGUCGCAGAUCUCUGUCCUUUGCUUGUCGGCACCAUUGUGCUCUGCGGAAUCCAGCCCGUGCUAUCAGGUGUUGCUGUUGGCUGUGGGUGGCAAGCAUUGGUGGCAUACAUCAACAUUGGAUGCUAUUACUUCAUCGGCGUUCCCCUUGGCGCGCUCCUGGGCUUCAAGUUUGACUAUGGAAUCAAGGGAUUGUGGGGAGGCAUGAUUGGAGGCACACUCAUCCAAACAAUUAUCCUAUUGUGGAUCACAUUCAGAACUGACUGGAAUAAGGAGGUCGAGGAGGCGAGGAGAAGACUGGACAAGUGGGACGACGCAAAGCAGCCACUUCUCGCUAACGUGCAGCGAUGAUGCCCGGAGAAGAUUAACGUUUGUGCUGCUGCAAGUUCGGCAGAUUGAUCCACUCACCAACUUAUGUUCAGCAUUAUCUCAGUUUUUUUAGGAAAUGUUGAGCAUCGUCCUUCUCAUCUCCCGCUGCUAGCUGCAUUUUUUGUUCAAUCAAGUUUACAAUGAGAUGGUGCUCCUUCAGGAUUCGCAUGCUAUUGUGAACUCUCCUUCAGGAUUCACACGCUAUUUUCAGUAAGUGGCUGUAUAAAUUAUCUGUAGACACGGAGGCCACAUGGGCGCAGAUUCUCCGUAGUAAGUACCUUCGCUCCAAAACUUUGUCAAAGGUGAAGUUUAUAAUCGGAAAUGGUACCACCACAAGAUUCUGGGAGGAAA